AGCUGCAGUCCAAAUCCCUUUUCACUUCGACGAAACAAACAGCAGAAACAGCAAACAACACCCUCCCUCUGACUUGUUUUUUUCUUCGAUUUUUCCAAAUGCAUCGCUGGCUGCAAGCUGGCUUGCUCGCUGCUUUCACGGGCAGUCUUGCGGUUGCAAACGAGUUCCCCCUGAAGAGUGGGGAUGAAGAACAGCAAUGUUCGGGAAUGUAUAAUAAGAAGGCAUGGGGCGGAAAUGUCGAUCCUGCUAUCACAAUCAAGUUCACGCCCCAUGAGGAGGAUCAUUCUAUCAGUUUCAUCAUCUUCGAGUGGAGCGAUGAAGAGUAUCUUGGGCGGUAUCCUAGCGAGGACUCUUUCGAUAAAAAAUACAUUUGUACCGACGAAUCUGUCCGCGCGGAACUCUGCAAUUCGACCGAUGUCGGCAAAUUCAUAUUAGAGCCGGAAACAAAUAGGAGCUCCUCUGGAAGUAUAGUCAAUAUGAAACUCAACCUAAAGGAAGUCAAGCCAAUUUUAUAUCCGAUCAAGCGGACGGGAUAUUACUGUGUUUGGUCAAACGCUUUCUCUCCCGGUGAUCUCAAGUAUGAUGGUGUUGUUACCUUCCAGAACUCUUAUGGAGAGCUACCGGCGUCACAAAUUGCGAAGUUGCCAUUCUACGGAGGUCUUACAAUUGUGUAUGCGCUUAUUAGUGCCCUGUGGGCAUUCUUGUACGUGCAGCAUCGGAGAGAUAUCUUGCCGGUGCAAAACUACAUUACGGCGAUUUUGAUCUUCCUGAUGCUGGAAAUGCUGAUCACUUGGGCAUUCUACGACUACAUGAAUGCUCACGGAUCUAACGCUGGCGCUAAGAUCUUGAUGGUUGUCGUCGCAAUUUUGAACGCCAUAAGGAACUCAUUCUCAUUCUUCUUGCUGCUCAUUGUGUGCAUGGGAUAUGGUGUCGUGAAGCCGAGUUUGGGCGCCAUGAUGAAGUGGGUGCGGAUCCUAGCUCUUGCUCAUUUCCUCUUUGGCAUGGUUUACGCUAUUGCCUCGUUGACCAUCACACCCGAUAAUGCCGGCCCUCUUGUCAUGCUCGUCAUUUUGCCACUUGCCGCAACUCUUACAGCAUUCUACAUAUGGACUCUCAACUCACUCAAACUUACCAUGAAGGAUUUGCUCGAUCGCAAACAGAACGUCAAGUUACUCAUGUUCAAGCGCCUCUGGUGGGUGCUCGUUGGGUCCAUUAUGGUCAUCUUUGCAUUCUUCUUCCUUAACUCUUUCACCUUUACCCGCCAUGGCUCACCGGACUUUGUUCCUACACAUUGGAAAACCAGAUGGUUUGUCCUUGAUGGCUGGCUCAACCUGGUCUACCUUGUCGACCUGUCCGUGAUUGCCUAUCUUUGGCGCCCAACCGCUAACAAUCGCCGAUUCGCCAUGAGUGACGAAUUGGCCCAGGACGACGAUGGAUUCGAGAUCGCAAGUAUGGUUGACUCUGAGGAGGGUCGUGACGAAGAGAUGGGAAUUGGUACUCGUAAUGCCGAGGCUUCUAGGCCGUUGCAGCCUGUACAGCUGUCCCCGACAACAAGGCGGUCGUUGGAUAGGAGAGAUUCAGUAGAAGGCGAGACGAUGUUCUCCGUGGGGGAAGAUGACCGGUGGACUGGAGAUGAAGAUGACAGCGAUGACGAUAAUGAUGACGAGGAGUCAAAAAAGGGGCUGACGGGGAAGAAGGAAUAGAUCUCCCUUAACACCAGGGCCGCAAAGGGAGCGAAGGUUCCGUGUUUUCAAGUAUUUUCUUAUGUUUAUGUGUUUUUACUCUAUUUCGAUUGCUCAAAUGUAUUAUGGUUGGGUGGG